UCAGACGUCCGAAAAGAAAAGAUGUACUCUCACGUUAUCAGUGCACAGAGUGUGAUGUAGGCUUAUGCCUUGUUGAUUGUUUCAAAGAUUUUCAUACUCUACAAAACUUUUAAGAAUAAAUAAACAUCUGUUUCAAUAUUUGAAACGUUUUGUGUAAAAUUGUAUCUGAAAAAUUAAACCCGUAGCCAAAGGGUUAACAGUAAUAAAACAAUUGAACAAGAGUUAGCAGUUGUCACUGAUGCAAAGCUACAUGAACAAUACGUUCUGCAAAAGAGUCAACAGAAACAGAAAUAUUAAAUUUCAAUGAUAUAUCAGAUCAUGUAACACGUUUAACAAAACAAAUUGCUGAUGAUGGUGUUAAUGUUAGGUCUGAUCCAAUAUAUUUAACUGUUUAUAAACAUGAUAUACCAGAUUUAACACUAAUCGAUUUACCAGGAAUUACAAGAAAUCCAUUACAGGGUCAAUCAACAAAUAUACACACACAAAUAUUAAAUUCAAUUCGAAAAUAUAUUGAACCAAAAACAGCUAUUGUUUUACAUGUUAUUCCAGCAUCUGUUGACUUUUCAGCAUCGGAAUCAAUGAAAGAAGCUAAAAUCUUUGAUCCUCAUUGUCGUCGGCAAUUGAUAGCUGCCUCAAAAAUUGAUAAAUUUGACAAAGGGAUCAGUGAUAAAUUACAAGGCACGGGGCCUGAUUCAAUGGAAUUAGCAUUAGGCUGCGUAGCUGUUCUCAAUCGAUCACAAGACGAGAUUGAUCAACGUAUCAGUUUUGACGAAAUGAAAUGUCGUGAAAAACAAUUUUUUAUUAACCAUCCAGAAGCAUUUCAAAAUUUACCACCAGACAUCAUUGAUGGUUUAAAACAACGAAUUCGAUUAAAAAAACAUGAAUUAAAACAAUUACCACCAUCAGUUACAUCAGAAUUAGAAUGUUGGACAAAGUUUAAUGAAUUAAUUAACAAAUUUAGAGAAAGUAUACAGCAAAGAGUAAAUGGAAACUAUGAGAAUGAAACAAUGAAAAUGAUUAUGACUAAAUCUGCCAAUGAAAUAUUUGAUUCAGAUGAUAAAUCGUCUGAGAUUUCGAUUGGGUAAGAGUUUUAAAUGUUUUAAUGUCUUCCUGUGGAACGGAAGAAAAGAAAGAGGACUUUAUAUGACUAUUAAUGUACAUACAUUUUGUAGCGAAGAGUAAAUCUUAUGAGCAAGCAUGAAGGAGAAUUCUUUAGAAAUUUUGCACAAAAUGUGUGUGAUUUUUUCACGAAAGCAAACUUUGUCUUUAAAUUGUAAGGUGCCUGUAACUCAGAGUUACACUAAGAGUUUUUUUUUCUGAUCUUCUAUCAUGAUUGGAUAGAGCUCACCC